UGCAAAUAUACACGCUCUUGUUUUCUCUCCGAUAAGACGUGUGAGAGGGAAAGAGAGUCCACUGUUUUGCCAUUUGAUUUAAGACAUCGUGGAGAUGAGAGAGUGUCCAUGGCGUUACAGGUCGAGUUAGAAUGAGAGUGAAUCCUUUACCAUUAAUUCAUGGCUACCUCUGAAGAUGAAGGUGGUCUCUGUUGCAUCUCCCACCUUUUUUUUCGAGCGGCUUCUUCUUGCCCUAACAAGGUCGCAGUCAUCCACGCCCGUGGCGGUUCUCACUUUACGAUUUCCCCAGACCCAUCAACCAGUGAAGCAGAUGAUAUUGAACGUGAUGAGUUAUUUGAUGGCCAUGAAAAUUCCCCUAAUUCUUCGGCAGUUUAUCCUGGCGAUGAAUGCUUCACUUUCUCAGAGAUUUUGUUGGCUGUUAGGUCGUUGAGCAAGAGGAUAUCUCGAGUUCUUGAUGGGGGCGAUGAUCCUGAUUUGAUCAGGGUUUCAGAUUAUUUUCGAGGCAAAGGGAAUUCAGAUGGUCAACUAUUAGAUGCGUCUCAAGAUUCCCAGCAAAAACCCGAGUCUCAAGGAGCUCAUAUCAUGCACAUUUUGGAAUCAAAUGUUUCCGUUAAGGCUGCCAAAGACAGCAUAAUAUCUCCUUUGAAUGAUCACCCACGAAUAGUAGGGGUUCACAUUGCCCCUUCUGUAGAGUAUAUCGUUGUGAUUCUUGCAAUUUUAUUGAGUGGAGUGGCUUUCUUGCCUAUUGAUCCUACAUGGCCGAAACAGAGAAUUUUAUCCAUUAUUUCUUCUUCAAAGGCUUGUCUCAUUAUGAAUUACAAAUCUCCUUCUAACACAGAAGCUGGCCGAAAAGAUAGUGUAGACUGGUUACUUGCUAGCAAAAGGUGCCCUGUUUUGAAUUUGCCAAAUAAUUUUGUCAAGGGACAGCCUCAAGAGGAAAUCCAUCAGUGUGAUAUAACCUGGCCUUGUCAGAGCCCAAAUCCAAGAUUGUUCUGCUAUCUUAUGUAUACAUCAGGAUCUUCGGGUAUGCCUAAGGGUGUUUGUGGUACCGAAAAAGGUCUUAUUAAUCGUUUCUUGUGGAUGAAGGCUUUCUAUCCGCUCCAUGAAAAAGAAGUUUUAUUGUUCAAGACGUCCAUCAGCUUUAUUGACCAUAUACAGGAAAUCCUUUGUGCCAUCCUUACUUGUGCACCUUUGAUAGUGCCUCCGUUUGAUCAAUUGAAGGCCAAUCCAUUUUCUUUGAUAAAUAUUAUGAAGGCAUACCAUAUUACAAGACUAAUUGCUGUUCCCUCUCUUGUGAGGGCAUUUCUUCCUGUACUGCAAUGUUCACGUGGAAGGCCAAUAUGGAAUUCGUUACAAAUGUUAGUGCUUAGUGGAGAAGUGUUUCCCAUAUCUUUGUGGAAAGACAUUCAUGAGUUAUUGCCUCACACUUCAGUUUUAAAUAUUUAUGGAAGUACAGAGGUCUCUGGAGACUGUACAUUUUUUGACUGCAAAAAUUUACCCAGAAUGUUAGAGACUGAGAUGCUGAGUAGUGUUCCAAUUGGGAUUCCUAUUUCUGGUUGUGAGGUUAUACUAGUUGGAGUCAAUGUGCCAGAUGAAGGGGAAAUCUGGGUUGGAGGUUCUUGUCUUUCGGUUGGAUAUUUAUUUGAUUUCGACAAUACAUCUUCAGACUUUAUAAAGUUGUCAUUAGAUUGUAAACUCCCUCAUGGUACUUCUACCAAGAAUAAUGGAGCUCAAAUCUACUUUAGAACUGGUGACUAUGCUAGGAAGCUUGCCUGUGGUGAUUAUGUUUUCUUGGGGAGGAAAGACCGUCUAGUCAAAGUUAACGGGCAACGAGUUGGUUUAGAGGAGAUUGAGAAUAGUUUGAGGGACCAUCCUGAUGUGGUUGAUGUUGCAGUGGUUUCUCAUAGAAGGCAGAAUUUCAGUCUUAGUGCUUUUAUUGUAUGGAAAGAAAUGGAUGGGUCGACUAUAAAUGAUUUUUGGGAAGAGCGGUUUGAUCACGUUCAUAUAUUUGGGGUUUCUAAUAGACUAGUGGCUUCUUUAAAAAGAUGGUUGGCCGAAAGGCUUCCAUCUGGAAUGCUUCCUAGCCAGUUUUUGUUUGUUAAAUCUUUGCCCCUAUCUUCCUCGGGAAAAAUAUAUUAUGAUUUGUUGAUAAGGUCAAUUCCUGGAAAAAAGAGAACUCGAGUUGAAGUUGUGAGUGAUGCAAGUGACCAUGAACCUUUGCAAAUCAUCAAAAAGGCCUUCUGUUCUGCCCUUAUGAUUGAAGAAAUUGGAUAUCAUGAUGAUUUCUUUGCCAUGGGUGGAAAUUCAAUUGCUGCUGCACAAGUUGCCCAUAAUUUAGGCAUUGAUAUGAGAUUUCUUUACAAGUUUCCAAGCCCUCACAUGCUUUUAAAUGCUCUUGAAGACCAGAAAGGAUCACUAAAUGAUAUAUCAUAUCAUUUUUCAAAAAGAUCGUUGAAAUUACGAGAGGAGGACACUCCAUAUUCCUAUGGCAUGAUCUCAAAUCUAAACAAUAACGGAUUGCCUGAUAAAUUUUACCAAGCAGAUAACAGUGAAGGCAUGCAUGAUUUGAUGAAAGAAAUUGGCAAAGAUCAGUUCAAAAUGCUUACUGGAAAGGAGGCCACUGCUCCAUGUAAAUCUUUCGAACAGAGUAAUAGCUUUAGAAUGUGGGAAAGUGGAUUUCUAAAUCAUAACAGUGCUUGGGUUUCUGGCUUUUGUCUUCCGACUUCGGUUGCAUUUAGUCGUUGCAAUAAACUCAUGUUUAAGGAAGAGCUUGAGAGUAAUGUUGUUAAUCAAGCAUGGCAGUCAGUUGAAGUUCCAGAGGAUAGAAGUGGUAGAAUGGAAAAACUGUGGAAUGUUAACCUGAGGUCUUGUGUUGAUGCUUCUCCAUUGGUGGUGCUAAAGGAUGGUGAUUUUUACUUGUUCAUUGGUUCUCACUCGCACAUUUUUGUAUGUGUCAAUGCUUUGAGUGGCAAUGUUUUGUGGGAGGUCGAAUUAGACGGUAGAAUUGAAUGUUCUGCUGCUGUUACUGAUGAUUUUUGUCAGAUUGUUGUUGGAUGCUACAAAGGAAAGGUUUAUUUUAUCAAUUUUAUGACAGGGCGCAUUUUAUGGGCCUUCCAAACCGGAGGUGAGGUCAAGUCACAACCAUUAGUGGACAAAUCCAGAGGUCUUGUGUGGUGUGGAUCAUAUGAUCAUAAUUUAUAUGCUCUAGAUUACAAAAACCAUUGUUGUAUUUCUGAGAUUAAUUGCGGAGGAAGCAUAUAUGGAGCACCAGUUGCUGAUGUGGUACGUGGCAUGCUUUAUGUGCCAUCUACAAGUGGGCGGGUAACAGCUGUAUCACUAGAGUUGCCAUUUCCUAUCAUGUGGUUAUAUGAGUCAGAAGCUCCUAUAUUCGGGUCUCUCUCAAUGGUUUCUUCUAAUGGAAAUGUUAUAUGUUGCUUGGUGAAUGGGCAAGUCAUUGUGUUGAAUUCCAGAGGCUCUGUUGUCUGGAAGGCAGUCACAGGUGGUCCAAUAUUUGCUGGAGCAUGUAUUUCACCGGCACUUUAUCCUCAGGUACUGAUAUGUUCGAGAAAUGGCUCUCUCUACUCAUUUCAUGUGGAGAAGGGAAAUCUAUUUUGGGAGCAUCAGUUUGGAGAGCCAAUUACUUCUUCUGUUUAUGUUGAUGAAAAUAUAGAACUCAUGUUGUGGCCUGACAAUAUAAUAUGCAGACUAGCCUGUGUUUGUAGCUCCUCCGGAAUCAUUCAUGUGAUUAGAGUUAGAUCAAAAAUAUCAGCUGAAAAUAUACAUAAAGAGGCGGCAGCUUCAGAGUGUCCAGUUUCAUUUGAGUUUGCAAAAAUGGACCUUCCAGGGCAUAUAUUCUCUUCGCCUUUGAUGAUUGGUGGCCGGAUAUAUGUGGGUUGCAGGGACGAUCAUGUAUACUGUAUUGGCUUCACUUGCUAGAUUCACUUUGAAGGGCCCCUUCGUCAACGGAGACCAAACCAGAAGCCCCAUGGCCAUGGCCACGUUUACUUCAAACUGGCAUUGAAGCAAGGUCCCAUUGCCAAACCAGAAGGGCCCUCUUGUGUAGGGCCCUCACCAAACCAAAAGGGCCACCCUACUUCAAGUUUGUAUCGAAGAAGGCCCCAUCGUCAUGGCCACCCUGCUUCAAGACUGCAUUAUGGGACUCGUUCUGUCCCUGGUUACGAGAUGCUGCCUUUUUAGAGUGGAAUUAGAGAGGAAAGACAGGGAGUCGUAUGAUGCAUAUUGCUUGCACCCUAUUUUGCUAUCAAAUACAAUCAAACAUGUACAAAAGAAACACAUAACAGUAUAUUAUAUAAUUCAUAUUCA